CCUCCUUCCGAACUGAGCCUAAGAACGGGGCCUCAAUAGUAAUACAAAUCAAAAUAACACCUUUGCAGUUUGCACUGUGCUUUCCCUGCCGCCGAUUGUUGACCGCCAUAUUAUUCUCUGUAUUGCCUCCCACGCACGAACGCACGCAUACACAGCUGACAGCACAUAGUUGCACGCACAUAAAAGACGCCCAUGGCGGAAGUGGAACCCAAGCAGAAGAAGGCAAGUGGUCGGCAGUGUUGUAUCUGUAAUCAGAGGAGGGCAGUCCUUAAGAGACCUAAAACACUUGAACAGAUAUGUAGGGAAUGCUUCUACGCUGUUUUUGAGGAUGAAAUCCACAGGGUUAUUGUGGACAACCAACUCUUCAAGCCUGGAGAACGUAUUGCUAUUGGAGCAUCUGGUGGAAAAGAUUCUACAGUCCUUGCCUAUGUUUUGUCUGAGUUGAACCGCCGGCACAAAUAUGGCCUGGACCUCUUCCUGUUGUCUGUUGAUGAAGGGAUUACAGGGUAUAGGGAUGACUCACUGGAAACUGUCAAAAGAAAUGAAAUUCAGUAUGGCCUGCCCCUAAAAGUUGUCUCAUACAAGGAUCUAUAUGGGUGGACAAUGGAUGAAAUAGUGAAGAUGAUAGGCUUGAAAAACAAUUGCACUUUUUGUGGGGUUUUUCGUCGUCAGGCCCUUGAUCGAGGAGCUGCACUUCUGAAGGUAGACAAGCUUGUUACUGGGCAUAAUGCAGAUGAUAUUGCUGAAACUGUUCUCUUAAACAUAUUGCGAGGUGACAUUGCAAGAUUGAGUAGAUGUACUUCUAUAACGACUGGCGAAGAUGGACCAAUUCCAAGAUGCAAGCCUUUCAAGUACACAUAUGAGAAGGAGAUUGUUAUGUAUGCAUAUUUUAAAAGGCUGGACUACUUCUCCACUGAAUGUAUUUAUUCACCUAAUGCAUACCGUGGUUUUGCUCGUGAGUUUAUUAAGGAUUUGGAAAGAAUCAGGCCUAGAGCCAUACUUGACAUCAUCAAAUCUGGCGAGGAUUUCAGGAUAUCCACUUCUACGAAAAUGCCAGAGCAAGGAACAUGUGAACGAUGUGGUUAUAUUUCUAGCCAGAAAUGGUGUAAAGCAUGUGUGUUGCUUGAGGGGCUGAACAGAGGAUUGCCAAAGUUGGGCAUAGGGCGAAGUCGAGGGCUUAAUGGGCAUAAGAAGGAUAUUGAACAAAUAAAUCAAAUGAACAAUAUCCAGAGCAAACCGUGUGGAAGUUUAGACUUUUGAUGGAUAUGCAAAACCUUAGGAGUCCAUUGAGGAAUGCUAAUUACAACCAUUUAUUAAUAAUCUUUAUCAAGAGAACUCUCUCUUUCUCUCUCUCAUUCAUUAUGUUUUCGGCUGUUGUCAGUCUGGCGUAUUAGUUUUCUUCGGUUCUUUGAUUCUUAAAGCAUAUCUUUUUUUUGUUUUUUUGUUAUUUUUUUCAGCCAUUUCAACUUGCCUUGUUAAUCUACUAUUCGAGAUGGCAAUUAAAUGCCUUAAUUUUAUCUA